AUGCCGGCGAUGCUUGAUGACCCUACUGCUGCCAGAAUUACGCGCACUUCUUGUGACCCUCCGUAUCCUGACCCUCAUCACCCCGCACUCCCGUACGAUAUUACUCCCAGGUCAGUCACGCUUCGGGAUCGAGUGACGGUCGCUACCAUCAUACCAUUUUCCUCCGAACAUCAGGUUCCGAGGUCUUUACUUGCAUAUCUUAGUGAUCAGUUAAACAAAGAGAUUGAGAAUGGAGAUACAUACCCCAUGAUGGAUGGUAUGCCGGCAGACCAAUUUGCCUCAUAUUGGUUUCAAAACUUCGGUGCUAUCAUGUUGCUUGGAAGAUAUAGCAGCGCCGAUGAGGUGAUUGAAGGAAAAGACUGGGCCAGGGAAUGUUUGGGAAGUUUUUAUAUCAAACCUAAUUAUCCAGGUCGCAGCAGUCACGUUAGCAAUGCUGGUUUUCUGGUAACAGAAGCAGCACGUAACAAAGGCGCGGGUCGUCUGAUGGGAGAAAGUUAUCUCGUUUGGGCCCCUCGAUUGGGUUACGUCUACAGUGUUUUCAAUCUAGUAUACGAAACCAAUGUAGCAUCUUGUCGAAUUUGGGAUGCUCUCGGCUUUAAAAGAGUUGGAAAGAUCAAGGGGGCUGGAAAUCUUAAAAGUUACCCAGGCCAACUGAUUGACGCCAUCAUCUACGGAAGAGAUUUAACGCCAGAAGGCGAGGAUUUUGUGAGUGAAGAACGCUUCGACAAGAUCAAAUUCUACUUGAAAUUCGGCAAAUAUCCUGCUGGUGCUGAUCGAGCCGAAAAAAGCAGGCUUCGAAGCGCGGCGACACACUACAAGCUGAUUCCCGAGACGGACAAGUUGAUGUUGAAGGAUAAAGAAGUCAUAUCAGAUCCCCAAAAGCAAUACGAGAUUUCAAGGGAUAUACAUGUUCAGAGUCACGGGGGAAUCAACAAAACAACUGCCACCAUUGCGGAAAAGUAUCACUGGGUUCGAAUCAAGGAGACGGUUAGCAUGGUCAUUCGAAACUGCGCACAAUGCAAAGAAAUUGGCAAACCAACAAACUCUCAUGCAAAUGAUGCCAGUUUCCCUGUGAUCAGUCCGCCUACUGUUACUCCGAGUGCCACUCCCAUACCUAGUCAAAGUGUCAGUGCAGCAAGUCGUGCCAUGUUGCUUGCUCAAGAACACCAAGACCGUCAUCAACAUUCGCACCAACCAUCGUCGGAAGACGGCUACCCAGCAGAGACAGGUCAGGGUUCCGUCUCUCCUCAAGUGCUCAAUCGUAGGUUACCAGGAAACCCACAAGCUCCAACAUCUCACGCUCACCAACUUCAUACCAAUACCCACCCACCUUUACAGCUAUCUCAUGAACAACCUUCAGCUCCAAUCGCACGCAUGGGUAUUAGAGGACCCGAUUACAUACCUCUAGACCCACAGAUAAUGGAGGAUGUCCGUCAUCAUCUAGGUAGUUUUAACGAUGAUAGCCACCAUCAUCAACACAGCGAUAUCUCCCCGGACUCAGCAUGGAAAGACCAAGAUUCCUUCCAUGCCAUGAUCUCGGGCUCCAACGUCCCGAGUGACCACAAAGACUCGAGGAUGACAGGGGAUGGAGUCCAUCAUGGAAGCAACGAUGGAAAUGACGGCAUGAGUGACGACUUAGAUAUGCUCAUUGAUCACGAAGAUGGAGAUGUUGACGCAGAUGCUGAUGCGGAUACUGAUGGCAAUAGUGGAGAAUUUGAGGAUCGAGACCCAAAUCCGAAGGAUGAGGAUGAAGAGACAGAUGAUGAUAGGGAUUCCAGGGAGGAGAUUGUUAUGCAGAUUCAAGCGGAAGCUGCUCAAAGAGCAACAGAGGAUGCGUUCAGGGGUGUUGGACUCAGUAGAGAGUUUUCAGGUGCUGGCUGA